AUGAAUUUUUCAAAGUCCUAUUACCUCAAGGCAGUGCACUGUGACAUUACAGUUGUGUCUCAGCUGGAAAAGCAGUCGAGGUUUGAGAAAAGCCGAAUCCACAAUAACAAUAUGGGUCUCGGGGUGGCUAUACUGAUUCGUUUACUAUUGCUGGUUGACAGGGCUUAUACUAAAAAAGGUGUCAAAUGUGGAGGAAUCCUCUCUGCUCCAUCUGGUAACAUCUCCAGUCCAAACUUCCCAGGCCUGUAUCCCUACAACAUUGACUGCUCCUGGCUGAUCGUGGUGGCUGAGGGCUCCUCGGUCCUCCUCACCUUUCACCACUUUGAGCUGGAGUACCAUACCAGCUGUGCUUACGACUAUAUCAAAAUAUACAAUGGCAUAUCUGAGGACGAGGGGAACCUCCUUGGGAUAUUUUGCGGUGACAUUUCCCCACCUCAGUUCACUUCCUCUUGGAAUGUCAUGUCCAUUAUCUUCCAUUCCGACCGCCAUGUGGCCAAGAGGGGCUUCAGUUUUGGCUACAGAAAAGAUAUGUGUGGUGGGGUGUUGACCGGACUAUCAGGUAUCAUCUCCAGUCCAGGCUACCCUCAGGACUACAGCAACAAUGCAGAAUGCUCCUGGACAAUCCAUGUGUCAAACACAAGUGUUGUCACCUUGGUCUUCUUGGACUUCCAACUGGAGAACAAUGAGGGAUGUAAUUUUGACUUUGUUGCCCUGUUCGAUGGGCCAACAGUUACCCACCCCCAUCUCGGCAAAUACUGUGGGACGGAUAAACCCCCCAACACAGUCACAACUGCUAACCAACUUAUGUUCGUCUUCAAGUCAGAUUUCAAUAUUGGAGGACGGGGCUUUAAGGCUUACUAUUACUCAGGUGAAUGCCAACAGGCCCUGUCAGCUGUGAGCGGCAACUUCAGCAGCCCACAUUUUCCCAACAUCUACCCGAACAACAUCAACUGCCACUGGAGCAUCACCCUGGAAGCUGGGUAUCGCAUCAAGCUCUUCUUUCCUGUUGUGGAACUGGAGGGCCGCAACAGCCUGUCAGACGAGUGUGACUACGACUCUGUGUCGGUGUACGACGGGGACAGCCAGGCAGACGCCCUGAUAGGACGAUGGUGUGGCAGGGAGCGGCCCCCUUCUCUCAUCUCAAAGGGGAACAAGUUGCUGGUUGUCCUCAGCACAGACAGAAAUGAAGCUCACAGAGGGUUCACCGCUUCUUAUCUAGGAGUGGUGCCUGUGAAUGUUAGCUGCACGAGAUCAGAGUUUACCAUCCUGAUCCCUCAACAGUCCUUACCUCAGCUGGACCGCGAGAGCAUUUACCUUGGAAACCCAACAUGUGCAGCUCAGCUAACAACCUCCUCAUAUAAAAUACUGGCUCAGUUUGUUAACUGUGGUACAGCCAGCCAGAAACACUGGAACAUCACCAUGCUGGUGAACAAGCUCUACAUUGAUUUCUCUGAUGGGAAGCAGCAAAACAUACAAGAAUACAAGGUGCAGUGCGAUGCCUUACGGAAGGUCGCGUCUGUGUCAAUCAUUUCUGCAGAGGAGCGGCGGCUGGAGGAGCAGGCCCAGCAGGCGGACAGCGACAGCAGCGGUUACGCAGCAGCACCAGAACCAGAAGCCCAUGACUUGAGUGAUAUUGUCUUCAUCAGCAUCUGUGUUCUGGCUGUAAUCCUCAUGGUGAUAGCUAUUGUUUGGUUGGUGCUUCUUUAGUGAGGUACACAAAGAUUAUCAGCAUUUUUUUUAAAUUCAGGUCUCAACUAAUUUUUUUAUAAAAAAAAUUAAAAAUGUAAGAAAAAUAAUAAUUUUAUAAUAUUAACACUGCCCUCUAAGCAGAAGUUUGUUGCAAAUCUGUCUUCUCAUCUAAAAACAAAGACAUUUAUUAUUAUGAAGCACUGCAUGUAAUGUGUAGAAACGUUUCUAAACGUGUUAUAAUAGUCCCAAUUUUGGUAACAAAUGUUCAAACUAUGUGAAGAUUCCUUCACAUAGUUUUGUAUUUUUGGUUGUUGGGGAAGCCUUUUAUGGGAGGUGUCGUACCCAUCAUGUGUUGAUGCGUGCCUGCAAUGGGGA